AUGUGUUCCGACAGUGACGAGGACAGUGUACCCUUGUCUUCUUUAGCAAAAAGAAGUCGAACCACCAAUGAACCCCUGAUUGUGGAAGGUCGUCAACCUGAGCCAUCUACAUCUAAUUCAGCUCCAGUUAUUAGCAGCACGUCAGCAGUUCCUUUUGUUGAUCCAACCGUACCGAAAAAUCAAAAUUAUACUUGGAGAAAUCGCCAUAAUCCUCACGACCGACCUCAAUGGCAAAAUAACCAUGGGCCAAGACAGCUUCAAACGCCCAUGUAUUACUUUGACUGUAUGUUUGAUGACUGUGUUAUCAAAUUAUUGGUCAAAUAUACAAAUAUUUACGCGAUUCAAAAGAACAAAUUGGGUAAUGUGACAACGAGUGAAAUGAAGUGUUUCCUUGCUAUACUUCUUUACAGUGGAUAUAUCGUAGUUCCCCGAAGAUACAUGUACUGGGAGAAAUCAACAGACGCUGAUUUUAGUAUUAUAUAUAACGCCAUGUCGAGGGAUAGAUUUACAUUUAUGAUGACUCACCUCCACUGUUGUGACCAUGCUCAGAUAACUACUGAAAGUGACAAAUUUGCAAAGUUGAGACCGCUUUUCGAUAUCCUGAACGAAAUAUUCCUGAAUAUGGCUCCCUUAGAAGAAAUUUACAGCAUUGACGAGGCUAUGGUACCUUAUUAUGGAGGACACAGCUGUAAACAAUUUAUACGUGGAAAACCGAUCAGAUGGGGAUAUAAGUUCUGGGUUGGAGCGACUAGAUUGGGAUACGUACUAUGGUUUGAUCCGUACCAAGGCCAUGCAGCAAUUAUUCCACCAGCUUAUGGGCAGUUAGGUAUAGGAGCUGGUGUGAUUUUACGUUUUGCUGAUUAUUUACAAUUUCGUCACCCAGGUGCGCCUUGUCACUUAUUCUUUGACAAUUUCUUUUCUUCUAUUCCACCCUUCACGAAUUGA